GAGCGCCCCGCACAGCCAUGGGCGAUGGGUGGCUGCCGGGCGAGUGCGGCCCCCAGAACCGCUCCGUCGGCGUCGGGGUGACGGCGGCAGCGGGCGGGAGCAGGCAGCUGUCCGCCGCCGCCGCCGCCGCCGCCGCCGAGCUGCUGUCGCAGCAGUGGGCCGUGGGUAUGAGCCUGCUGAUGGUUCUGGUGGUGCUGCUGAUCGUGGCCGGUAACGUGCUGGUGAUCGCGGCCAUCGGGCGCACGCAGCGGCUGCAGACCCUCACCAACCUCUUCAUCACCUCGCUGGCCUGCGCCGACCUGGUGAUGGGGCUGCUGGUGGUGCCCUUCGGGGCCACGCUGGUGGUGCGGGGCACCUGGCUCUGGGGAUCCUUCCUCUGCGAGUGCUGGACCUCCCUGGACGUGCUCUGCGUGACGGCCAGCAUCGAGACCUUGUGCGUCAUCGCCAUCGACCGCUACCUGGCCAUCACCUCGCCUUUCCGCUACCAGAGCCUCAUGACCAAGGGCCGGGCCAAGGGCAUCAUCUGCACCGUCUGGGCCAUCUCCGCCCUGGUCUCCUUCUUGCCCAUCAUGAUGCACUGGUGGCGGGACGAGGACCCCCAGGCGCUGGAGUGCUACCAGGACCCGGGCUGCUGCGACUUCGUCACCAACAGGGCUUACGCCAUCGCCUCGUCCAUCAUUUCCUUCUACAUCCCCCUCCUCAUCAUGAUCUUCGUGUACCUCCGGGUGUACCGGGAGGCCAAGGAGCAGAUUAGGAAGAUCGAUAGGUGCGAGGGCCGAUUCUACGGCAGCCACGAGCAGCCGCAGCCGCCCCCGCCCCCUCACCCUCACCACCAGCCCAUCCUCGGCAACGGCCGAGCCAGCAAGCGGAAGACCUCCCGCAUCAUGGCCAUGAAGGAGCAGAAAGCCCUCAAGACUUUGGGCAUCAUCAUGGGGGUGUUCACCCUCUGCUGGCUCCCUUUCUUCCUGGUGAACAUCGUCAACGUCUUCAACAGGGACCUGGUGCCGGACUGGCUCUUCGUUUUCUUCAACUGGCUGGGCUACGCCAACUCCGCUUUCAACCCCAUCAUCUACUGCCGCAGCCCUGACUUUCGUAAGGCCUUCAAGAGGCUGCUCUGCUGCCCGCGGAAAGCCGACCGGCGGCUGCACGCCGGCGGCGGGGAGCUGGCCCGCCUGCCCGGGGGCUUCGUCAGCACCGUUGGGUCCCCCGAGCGCAGCCUGGGAGGGACCUGGUCCGACUGCAACGGGGGCACGCGGGGCGGCAGCGAGUCCAGCCUGGAGGAGAGAAAUAGCAAAACGUCCGAUUCGGAGUCCAAGGGAACAGUCAGGCUAAUGGAUUUUCAUUGCCUUCUGCUUCUGUUCAUCAAUCUAGAAAAAACCAUCUGUGACUGCAGUAAUUCGUUCACCAAGGCCUCUGCUUAAGGGAUGAGAGGAUGCUCUUGAGAAGAAUGAUGGAGAGAGGCGUUACCUCGUGUCACAGAGGCCUUGGGGAAGUCACAGCACCUCUCUGCACCAUUAAGGGACACUGUGCCUUCCUUGCAGCUCCAUGGGGGACUAAAAGUUACCACCACCAGGAGAUACCCUGCCUUGAAGGGGCUCAGGACACUUGUUCUGGUGCUGGCACAAUGGGAGCAAAGGGGCUUGGUGGGAGCCUGAGCUCCCAGCCCUCUGUGACACCACUGCAGCGUGAUGACAGCAGUACGUUAGCAUUGCUUCAGGGAAUCACAUGUUUGUCCAACGGCCCAGGACCAGAGGGGCCUGUCCCCGGGCUCCAGCGGCACACGGGACUUCUUUUACGCUCAGACUCCCCUACUUAAAUCAUUCCCCCAGGUGUGAAGAUGGUGGCCACCUCCUCCCCUCCGGAGCAUCCCUCCUCUCUUCCAAAGGCUCCUUUUCAGGCUUCGAGACCGGUGGCAGAACCCGCCCUCAGGGCGCUGCUGCAAAGCCUGGUGGCAACUUCACGGCAAUUGAGCUAACCUUGAUAUUCAAGGUGAUCCCAAAAGAAAGCCAAGAGGGCACAGUGGGACAGAUUUCGUGUCUGGAAGGUGAGAUCAAACAGAAGCCCUCCAUCUAUAAGAGGGCUGCAUUCCUGUUGCCUGAGCUAACCAUCCAUUGAUGAGCUGAGUCCCUCCAAAAUUUCUCUGGGCUUUCUCUGGUUUUCCUGCUUUCCCAUGUAAACAGCUCUGAGGAAGAUCUCUUUUUCUGCAAUCAAACAUUUUCAUUCUGCAGUAAAAUAGCUCUUACUUCAGCUACCAUUGUAUUGUGGAUGCAAAUGCAGCACAACAGAGCCCUUACAUGUUGUGAGGUGAGUGGGCCAAAUCCUGGGCUUGAACAACAAAAGUACAAGGAAUGAUGAGCAGGAAAAACAACUUGUUUCAAAGUGAUUUAAGGCUGCUGUCUAUCUUCUGAGCCCCACAGCUUACAGCCCAUACUUCUCACGCUGCCUUUCUGUUAGACAGUCAAAGAGAUGAUGCUAUUUGGAGAGCAAGUCUGUGCUGGAGACGUGCAAACACCGACGCUUGUAUCCGCACGGACUGGCCUCCAUCUGCGAGGAGCUCCCAGCUGCUGUGCUUAAAAUACCUGGGAAAGGGGCAUGCAGAAGGGGAGAGAGGUCUCCUUCUGCUGGGUUGCCAUGUCGCUCAGGCUGCUUUCAUGGUGACCUAGAGGACAUCGUCCGGCACAGCCAGUUGCGAUAAUCCUUUCAGUGGAAACAGGUGCUGGAGGAUAAUCCUGCUGUUUUUCUUGGUUAUGGUUCUCUUCAGUCACUAAGACUGAGCAAACAGGAUUAUCACAGCAGUGAUUCAGGAGGUGAAGUUACUGGUGCUGUGCGUCCGUGGCUCUGUGGACAUUUGUUUCCAAGGCAGAUGCCAGCUUUGCCGAGCAGCCUGCCCCGGUGAGGGCAGCGCGUGAGCCGUCGGCGCCGAAGGGAUUCGCUGGCCGGCUCCUAUGGUCCUCGCUCAGAUCUGUGCCGUGCCCCUCGGGGACGAGAGCCGGAUCCCAGAUGCAAAGCCCGUGCUCUCUACAGCUCUUCUGGAAAAAUGCCUCCCCAAGCCCACGCGUUGUGAGUGGGAUGGAGACCCCCGGUCUUGCGGCAGCUAGCGGCAUCGCCCCAAAACCUGGCCUGGGCCAAGGCACUGGCGGGGAAGGCUUGAGGCACUGCAGACCCCCCCGGGGUUUACGGUGACCUAGCCCCUCCCUGUGACACUUCAGAGCGAGUCUGUCCCUGUGUAAGCGCUGGCUCAUGCCUCCAGCAGACUUUAAUGUAUCGUCAGGUUUUGUUUUAAAUCCCUGGAGUGCUGCACGCAUCCAUCCCCUCUCAGUCCUCCUCCACUGCUCUUGGAGACCAGCGUGGGCCCUGGUGACCCUCCUUGCUAUGCAAAGUCAGUGCUUCUCCGUUCCUGUUUUACCACCUUUUGCUUCUGCUGAUAACAGCCCUUGACACCCCUCCCUGCCCCGGGCAAUUCCCUUCACCACCAGGGAAGGAGGAUGACACGUAAACUUCGUGGCACCAGCCCUUACGCAGUGUCUAUGCACAGACGUCUGCUCCCCUUUACUGGUUUGCUUCAGGACUUAGCUGACACCCAAUUUCAGUAACAGCAAAGCAAUUGAGCUUGGCUUCAUGGUUUUGUGGCAAUCUUGGCCCAAAGCUGUUUUAAAUAACAAAUUGCAAAAUAAGCAUAUGUGUACAGAGACAAAUACCAAACUGUAGGAAUAGGAACUAGAGAUGUGCAGCUCAGGAAGGGUUGUUAAAGCUCCAGCUUGUAGCGGUGCUGAUAAGGCAGUUUCCAAGAAGUCACCCAGCCCUUAAAUUCUAGAAACUCUCUCUUCCCAGGUCAAUAACCUUUUAGGGACUGAAUCCUGGUGUCAUCCUACAACCAAACACGGUCCAGGCAGGACCUUCUGCAAGUGAUAUGAGAGAACGGAGAACCUGUGUUGCUAAGAAGGGGUCCAGAAACUUUCUGGUGUAGAAAACAAAAACGCCCAGUGAAAAGCACAUUUGGUAAUCCUGGUAGUUUGGGAAAGCACAAGAAAAUGUGCUUUUGACUUCAUUCUUCUUUGGGCAAGUCUCCUCCUUGCUUGAGAGGGGAUCGAGGUGCCCUUAGCUGAGCUGCUGCUCUGCCCUUCCCGCGCUGCGCCGGCAGCAAGCUGCGGUGCUGCAAGGCUUGGACUCCCUCCAAAGUCUCCCCUCUUCCCUGGGAGCGAUCCGUCAGCCCCGGGAGCAGGGCUCUGCACCCAGGCUGCUCCAACACCAGCUCACCUGCAGCUCCACUCCCUGCUUUUGACCAGCCUUAACUUCAGACCUGAACAGAGGCUCUUUGGAGAGAAGAUUUUCCAUAUAAUCCUCCAGCUCUGUUAGCAAAAACGUUCAAUGCGGCUCUAGUGAGAGCACCAAGAUGGGGCUGAUUAGACUCACGCCGUUGUUUGGCUCCCUCAUUUCAUGGGGAUUUUUAAAAAUAUCUUAUGCAGGUGCAGGAGUUGACAUAACAGAGCAUGCACCGUGUUAGAGUCCAUCCAGCUUGUGUGUAAACACUGCUAGUUCCUUUUUAAAACUCUUAGGAGCUGUUUCAUAAACACAAAAUAUUUUGCUUAAUUUCCAAAUCAUGUGCCAUUUCCUUAGCAGGCCCGGUGGCGGUGGAGGAGCCACCCAUGCAGAUGCCGGCUGCAGCCCUGCGUCCUGCAGAACAGUCCCUCGUCCCUGCCAGAGCUGGCAGCAGAGCCAGGCAGAGGCUACCACCUGCUGGACCUUUCUCAUUGACUUCUUGCUCUGAACCUCCCCAUAAUGCCAUUGACUGACAGCACUGACCGCUUUCUGGGCAACCGCAGAAAUGCUGUGUGCUGAGCAUCGUGGCGCAAACACCUCUCGCUAGCUCUUCAUCGAUAACAGAGCUAUUGAGAUGAAAGCCGCGUAAACAGUGAGGAUGCUCGAUGAGUAGCUUUGUGGGCAUGACCUGUUUGUUGCUCAUUUGGGGUCUGAUGUGUGUUUUACAGAGUCUGGGUGUGCUCUUUUCCUUGCUGGCCUUCAAGAACAGGGGCACCUUUCUGAGCUGAGGCAAAUUGCCAGGGUUUUGCUGAAUUGGGGAACCUGACAUUUCCCCAUCAAAACUUGCUCCUACCAAAAAAAGCAAUUGGUCUUCCAACAGUCCUUAAGAAGCGGGAAUAAAAUUCAUGCAUACUGGAUGGGCAGCUGCCCGAAUUUGUGUGGGAUCCCACACUUGCAUGGAGGGUCUCGGGGGUCUUCAUGGGAAGCACCCUUAGAGCAUGAACCCAGCUCUGCUGUGCAAUUGUGCAUCAUCAUGCAGGCACCAUUCCUGAGCAGCCAAGUCAGGUCCACAGGGCUGCUGCUUUUGUGGGGGUGCAGGACCUGGCCGGUGUAAUCCAGGCAGUCCAGGGUCGUGUUUGUCCCACUCAAGGAGCUCAGCCCAAUGAGUCCCAUAGCUCACCCUGACUCCUGCAGCUUUGAGAUUAAGGGACUUGGCACCUGCUUUGAAUGGGCA